UCGUAUCUCGCAAUCUUACAAGGAUUAACCACCCCACACUCUUAAGGGCCCAAAACCAACCAAAAAACUACACCCAAAGCAGUCAUGGUCCAAUCCCAUCACUCCACGUAUCCACAGAUCCCAACUGCCCUUGCGUUCUUCGGUCCCUCCCUUAAUUUUUCAUAUCCCUAUGGUUUAGUUACUUAAACAUCUUUCAUUUAUUGAGUUAGUUGGAGAUUCGAAGUGCUCUUUCCAAUUGAUUAAACCUUACGGCAUUGAUUAGCUUUGGUUUUUCUUCAAGCACCCAUUUUUUUUCUGGUCCUUGGUUCGAGGUUCCUCUUUCCUCCUUCCUUUUCUCCCUUUAAAUAUACCUACCUGCAUUUGUUUUGAUUGCAUGGUUGGUUCGUCAAAUAUGUAGGCCAUGAUUAUGUUGGAGAAUGAAGGACUGAUUAAACUACGGGAAUUCUCUUGCUACUAAGCUUAUUUUGAGAUUGCAAUAUGACGGCAGUGCCUAAACAGACAGUUAUGGCUAUAAAGUCUUACCACAAUCAGGCUCAGAUGUUGGUCAAGAACUACUUAUUGGCAGAUCCCUUCAUUCCAUAUACUUCCAUCCUUGGUGGCAUUCUUGCUUGCAAAGUGGCCUAUGAUCUUACCCAGUUAAUCAGCAACUUUUACAUCAAGACUUACCCCAGUCUAACUAAAAUUCAACGAGUAGAGUGGAACAAUCGUGGCAUCUCUACAAUUCAUGCCAUUUUUGUAUCCGCUUUGUCAGUGUACUUUGUUUUCUGGUCGGAUCUCUUUUCUGAUCAACAGCUUGCUGGUCUUGUUGUCUUCCGAAGCUCACCACUCUCUACUUUCGGAUUAGGGGUUUCUGUUGGAUACUUCCUUUUGGAUCUUGGAAUGAUUUUGUGGUUAUAUCCCUCUUUAGGUGGAAUGGAAUAUGUUAUCCAUCACUCACUUUCUGGAAUUGCGGUGGCAUAUGCGAUGUCUACUGGAGAAGCACAGCUUUACACGUACAUGGUUCUUAUAUCUGAGCUGACAACUCCAGAGAUUAAUAUGAGAUGGUAUCUUGAUACAGCUGGUAUGAAGAGGUCCAGUGCAUAUCUCAUUAAUGGUGUUGUCAUCUUUUUUGCUUGGCUGAUUGCAAGAGUUCUGCUGUUUGGCUACAUGUUCUACCAUGUGUAUUUGCAUUAUGAUCAGGUGAUCCAGAUGCAUACCUUUGGUUAUGUCUUGGUUUUUGGGGUGCCAUCAGUAUUAGCUACCAUGAACUUGAUGUGGUUUGGGAAAAUUGUUAGAGCUGGGAAUAGAAACCCUAAUUCAGUCGUUCUUGGUCUUAAACGUUCUAGCACUUCCUUUCCUAUACCUAAAGCCUCCAAACACUCAAGAAAGAGACUUUCAGAAGUAUCAGAUAUGGUUGAGCAAUUGAGGGCAGUUAGAGAUGGAUAUUUGAUAAGUUUAAAUAUAGGAACACCUGCACAGGUUAUCCAAGUUUACAUGGAUACUGGGAGUGACCUGACUUGGGUUCCUUGUGGCAAUAUAUCUUUUGACUGCCUGGAUUGUGAUGACUAUAGGAACAAUAAGUUAAUGGGUACUUUCUCCCCUUCUCAUUCUUCUUCAGCUGUUAGAGACUCCUGCGGCAGCACUUUUUGCCUUGACAUCCAUAGCUCUGAUAACUCUUUUGAUCCAUGCGUUGAGGCUGGAUGUUCAUUAAGUACCCUACUCAAAGCCACCUGUUCAAGGCCCUGUCCUUCCUUCGCCUAUACCUAUGGUGAAGGAGGGCUAGUCACAGGGACACUCACCAGGGAUAACCUUAGGGUUCAUGGUAGUAGCCUUGAAAUCACUAGGGACAUUCCCAGGUUUUCUUUCGGUUGUGUCGGCUCUACUUAUCGAGAGCCUAUUGGCAUUGCAGGGUUUGGUAAGGGUGUACUUUCUGUACCCUCACAGUUAGGGUUCCUCCAAAAAGGCUUUUCUUACUGCUUCUUAGCCUUUAAGUAUGCGAACAAUCCGAAUAUUUCAAGCCCAUUAUUCAUGGGAGAUGUUGCUGUAUCUUCGGAUGACAAUUUGCAGUUCACCCCAAUGUUGAAGAGUCCCAUGUUCCCCAACUACUACUACAUUGGUCUAGAGGCCAUAACUGUAGGCAAUAUUAGUUCUGCUGAAGUCCCUUUAAACUUGAGGGAGUUUGAUUCACAAGGCAAUGGGGGUAUGUUGAUUGAUUCAGGAACCACUUACACUCACCUUCCAGAGCCAUUCUAUUCACAAAUUCUCUCAAUGCUCCAAUCAGUGGUGACCUAUCCUCGAGCCACAGAUGUAGAAACGCGAACAGGAUUUGAUCUCUGUUAUAGAGUUCCAUGUCCAAAUAACAGAUUUACAAAUGAUCCUUUCCCUUCAAUCACUUUCCAUUUCUUGAACAAUGUAAGUCUUGUUCUGCCCCAAGCUAACUACUUCUAUGCCAUGAGUGCUCCAAGUAACUCAACUGGGGUGAAAUGCCUACUGUUCCAAGGCAUGGAUGAUGGUAAUUAUGGACCAGCCGGGGUAUUCGGGAACUUCCAACAGCAAAACGUGAAAGUUGUCUAUGACUUGGAGAAAGAGAGAAUUGGGUUUCAACCAAUGGACUGUGCUGCAGCCGCAGCCUCUCAGGGACUUCACAAGAACUGA